GGGAUCUGACACUCUUUCUGUGUCUGACAUUCUUCAACAUCUUUGGUUUAUUGUUACUAAUACAUAUUUAUAUACAGCGGAUGGCCUUGUUCGUCAUCAAGACGUGGGUAUUCCCAUGGGUACAAACGCUGGUCCUGAGAUUGGUAACCUUACACUCUAUUGGGAUGAGGCGCAGUAUGUGGACAACCUGCAGCGUGUGGAUCACUCUGCAGCUCGCCGAUAUGUUUUCACUUACCGGUUCAUUGAUGAUGUUCUUACCUUUGGUUGUCUGCCACCAUCGCCAACCUAUUAUGGUCUUGAAUGGAAGGAGACCACUGCGGUUGAUGGCUCUUGCACCUUUUUAGGUGCGAAACUGCAGACACGAGCAGAUGGAUCUCUGCGAUUGAGUGUGUUUGACAAGACAGUUGCAUGGGAUUUGCCUGUUAUACGAUAUCCUAGUGCAACGUCAAACAUUCCGUCUCAUCAGCCUGCAGCUGGAUGGGAGUGGUAUGAGUCCCUGCUGAGGAAAUGGGGCCUUCGACUCAAAGGGGGGUUUAUCUGGGGGGGGGGUCAUAAUCCUGAGAAGGUAGGCCAUUCCUGCCAGCAGUUUCUGCCAUGGAUCUCCGGCAAUGGCUGCAGCAGCAGAAACCAGCGAUCUGUGGUGGCCUUGAGUGCGAAGGUAAGUGCUAUUCUUGCAGCGGCAGUGACGACUGUGGGGGCAGUGGGUCUGGCUGCCUGGGCUGUCAGACAUGGGUCGUCCCCGGAGACCCUAGGAAAGGCCUUAGCAAGUUUGACGUCGUCGGCGUGUGCGUUGCAAGGGAGCCUUAACUCGGGGAGCGAUGAACGGGAUGUUGAGCCUGAAGAUGUUCUAAUUGCUGGCCUUCACAAUGCAGGGAAUGGUUGCUUUUUGAAUGUCAUACUGCAGGCUCUUGCUAGCUCCGAACUAUUUGUCACGUUCAUUGCAAACUGCAUCAGCACAGAAUUGCAGUCGGAACCAAAGUUGCAGCUGAAGUCUUCGCGGGAUGCCACACGUCAUGGCUGGUGGAGACAUGGCCAAGCAGAGGAAUCUUCAAUGCCUUUGGCCACUGCACUUGCAGCAGUGCUUGAAGAGGAAUCUUCAAUGCCUUUGGCCACUGCACUUGCAGCAGUGCUUGAAGAGUUGUCCAAACCGAUUGUCAAACAACACGUUGCAAGUCCUCUCCGAGUUAUUCGAGCGCUGACAAAGUAUGCGGACAAAUUUGACAUGGCAGCUCAGCAGGAUGCCGCAGAGGCGCUUGCUCAUCUGGCUGCUGCUCUCAAGGAGGAACGCAAUCGUCGGUUUACGGCUCUCUCUCCCACACUUGUGUCUAUGGGACGGUUAAUAAGUCAUGAAUCACACUUGGGCGGGAGGGGCGCCUCGCAGGAUUCUGGACAGAGAACGGACAGAGUCUUGUGGAGUGGGCAGUCCAAGGAGUCUCUACAAGCAUGGCGAAAGGCGUCGAUGUGGCCAAUGGAAGGGAUUUUCAGUAGCCUGAUCAAGUGCCAGCGAUGCGGGCAUCAGUUUACGAUGCAGCUGCAGACUUUCAACGAGAUUGUGCUUUCACCACCGACAAUGGGAACACCUUCCUGCAUAGUAGGUCCCUGCACGGUUCAAGAUUGCCUACGGCGGUUCACUUCACCAGAGCACAUACUGAAUGUUGUCUGUGCGAAAUGCUCUCACCUGUUGACUGCUCGAACAAUCUCUCCAUCCGCAUAUUUUGCGGGGCAAGGCUUCGCGACUCCACAUUGCACUCCGGCAAUUGGUUCUGAUGUACAGUGCCUUUUCGUUGCAAAAGCGCCUCAGGUGCUUUGCAUGCAGAUUCAACGUCUGGUAAUGAAUGCGUCGGGCCACGUGGAUAAGCUACGGGGACAUGUGGCGUUCCCCUUGGUGUUGGACCUUCUGCCCUACACAUUAGUGUUCUCCUGUGCUGAAUUUGUAAAGGCACCGGAGCAUGUAGCUGCCCCUAGGAGUGUGCAAAACGUUCUGCGAUGUCGGGACCUCUUCAGCGCGGGCUCGGCAAGUCCAGCCGUGGGAAGCAGUCCUGAUUUUUCUGCAAAUGAAGAUGCGGAACUGACCGCAGUGGCUCCUCCUUGCGACAUGGAGGUACCGGUGGCCAGGGAGCCGGUGCAACGAGCCGAGCCUGGAGGGAAGUCCUCAGGAACGUAUGAAAAAAACGAUCCGCCGCACGAGCGUGGUGGCAGUGACAACUGUGUAGCUACCCGUGGAGGGAAGUCGCCGCCAGGAAUGUAUCGAAUUCCGGUACAGGAAGAAGCUAGCUAUGGAGGUACUUGCGCUGAUAACCGUGGACUUGGCUGCAUGUCAACGCGUUACGAGUUGUCUGUCGUCGAUCGCGAGGCAAGCAAGGCUUGUGAAGCUACUUGGAGGAUGGCAACCAGUAAUGGCGAUCACGAUGAAAGCAAAGAUUGUGAAGCUAGGAGGACAGCAACAGGAAACGGCGGUGUGGAAGCAGAUGAUGAGGUGGAGACAAGUAAUUGUACUGUGGCAGGUGGCGUCAAGGUGAAUUCUCCUGAAGAGCAGAGUGAACACGCAACGCUCGAGUCCGAAAGCUCAAAAACUUCAGAGCUCAACAGAUCUGAUUCCGGAGCGUCACAAAUGUCGCAAUCUCCAGAUGCCAACACUGCAAUGCGAGUUUGGGAUGCUGCUGCUGCUGCUGAUGAUGAUGAUGAUGACGAGGUACCUUGUGAAUUGGGAUUGGGUGGUGGUCAUCAGGAUGCAAGCAAGAUUUGUGAGGCUAGGAGGACCAUGACAGGGAAUGAUGUGGAAGCAGCAAACUGUACGCAGACAGGUAAUCACAUGGUAGCAAAUGGUGUUGAGCUGAGUGCCCUUGAAGAACUGAGUAGACAGCUUCUUCUUGAUUUGGAAAGUUCAGCGAUUUCAGAGCUCGGGAGAACCGAUUCCGGAGCGUCAGGAAUCCUGCAUUCUUUGGAUGACGGUGCAAAGGCUGCUAUGCGACCCGGUGAUACUGCAGAGAUUCAACAGGGAAACACAGUGUCAGUUUGGGAUGCCGCUGACAAGAUGGCCACUGAGCACGUGGACCGGAGAUCUGAUUCUGGAGCAUCAGGGAUCUCGCAAUCGUCAGAUGAUGUUGCAAAGACUGCUGGGCAACCAAGUGGUGCUGCAGAGAUUCAACAGGGAAACUCACUGUCAGUUCCGAUUGCCGUUGACCAGAUGACCACUUCUGAGCACUUGAAGCGGAGCCCGGGAAGGUAUCUGGCCGAUAUGGCGGAUGCGAGUCCUCUAAAUACUCUCGGUGAGGAAAACACCGCUUGCCGUUCCAGUUCUAUUAAUGGGCUUCUUCUGGAUCUCCCCCUUCCGCACUCGGUUCUUGCGCAAACGAGUGUUGCAAGUGCACCAACACCAGGUCCGGUGCUCCCAGGAAAUGGAAGGUGUACGGAGUGUACGGCCCCAGAUUCUGCGACAGAGCUGCUCGACGCCGAGAUCGAGGCUACUGCCGAUCCACCGACGACUGAGCACAGCAUCCUCAAUGAGUUCAAUCCUGAAAACAGCAGGCGACUGGGCCAGGAAUAUUCUUUGAAACUUCAAGGUGGUGACACUGAGAAUGCGUAUUGUGAACCGUAUACAGCUGAGGCCAUUGCUAUUAAUGGCUUGAGAGCAGAAUUCCGAUCGACGGCCGGCCAGCCGAGUGAAGGCUCAGGGAAGACCAGCCAUAAUACUGGAGGAGCACCUGAUGAUAGGUUGGUUAUCACAGAUGCAGAUUCUUCACACGAGGGUCGCAAGGGGUGGCUGGAGCUGAAAGAAAAUGUACUCAACGCUGUGGUUGGUUCCAAUCUUGAGGAGAUGACGACGGAAACAACUGCUAACAAUGUUGUUAGUCCAUCUGAUGAUGACAGUGGCAUGCCUUUCUCCUCACAGCAGUCGACCACCGUCUCUGGCAUUACCCGGACCCGGGAAGCGAGCCCUUACAAUGUGGAGGUGAGUUCUGGGGGGGUGUCACUCAACAAUGGGUCUCUGGAAAACAAGAGGCUUCCUCCUCUCUCUGAGGAGACGUCAAUGGAGUCUCGGGGCGUUGACCCGUAUAAUGAAGUCGAGGAUAUUAUUGCAUCAUCAAACCAUUUUGUUGGAAAAGAAUGCCCCAAGUCGGCGAACCUCAUCGUUCUUGUGGGAGAUGAUAGAGUAUCAUGUGCACCACACCAACUCAGCAGCCCACAAGCUGGAGCCCCGGUUUGUGGUACUUCAGCACAUACACUUGUGGCUGAUGCAAACAAGGCAAGUAAACGAGACGGAGGCAAAGAUUUCCGAGACAACGACAACUGCUUUGCGUCAGAAGCUGUCCUUGACUGUGAAGGACUCCCGGCAGCAGCUGUGCUUAACGGCGAUGCUAUACACGUAGGCCUGAUGCACGAAUUCGAUGGAGAUGGGCUGCACACUUGUGAUUCGCCAACAGGAUUUGGCCAUCGAGUGGAAACAGUUGGGAAUCAUCGCAGCGCUGGGAAUGAUGGUAGCGCAGUUGGGUGUUUUGGCGGUAUAGCAUCUGCUUCCUUGGACCGGUGCCAAAGUAGUACUGCUUUUUUCCAAAAGGACAGCAAGGUUCCCGCUGUUCGUUCAAGCCUGCGUUGCGACUGCUUGUCUAGGGGGUUCGGUGAAUGUCAAAGUGGGCAAGCAUCGUCUUCUGAAGUAGGGUUGCAAUAUUGCCAAGAGCCUGGCAUUAGCAGAGAUGUAGAUGUGAGAGAGAGAGAGGCUGUGAUGUGUGGGGAGGGGAAUGGUUGUUGUUUGCUAGACAGUGAUACCAACAGCGGAGCUUCGGAUCUGCCAAAUCACAACUGCUCCCCUAUGAAGCACGUGGAUUUGCUUCGAGAAGGUUCCGAUAAUGUUCAGAUCGGAGAAGGCGUUGCUGCGGAGGAGGAGAAGGUGACAAGGCAGAAGCAGCAGAAGAAGGCCAGCACAGACUUGAAUCUUGGUGUCGAUGAAGUGUCUGUGAGAAGCAGGGAUUUGAACCCGUGUCUAUGCCAUGAAAAGCCGUCUGUGCAGCAAGAUGGGCAUCAGCUGCAACAGCAGCAGCAGCAGCAGCAGGUCAGCGCAGACACAGAUCUUUUCCUUGAUAAUGUGUCAGUGAGAAGACAGGCGUCUGUGGGACCACAUGGGCAACUGGAUUGCCAAGUUCCACUGACGCCUGGUUUCUGGCCUGAUGCGUAUCAAAUCACACAAAAAAGCUCUGUCGACGAGAACUUUGGGUCUUGUCACGGCCGCACGGAUCCCCUGUCCUCUUCUACUGACCCUUGUAAGUUGUCAGCUGAUCGGAUGAAUUCGACAGCCGAAGAUGGGGAGAGGAAGAUCAGCACCAGACAAAACUCCUUUGCAUCUCAGGUUUGCACUGCACUUGAUGAUGAUGAUGAUGAUGAUGGAAGCAAUGAUGGUUGUGACGAGCGGACUGCUGUACCGCUCGACGAGCUGCUGUCCAUCCAGUUGUUAUGCAGUCCUGCUGCCGAUGAAGCGUUGCGAGUUGAUGGUCCCCCCGGUCCCGAGAACUCUAGAGGCUUAUCUGCCCUAUCUCAACAGCAGGCGAAUGCCCAUAAGCGUAGGAGCGACGAGGGUUUCUCUGCAACAGCGCCGGGAAUUUUGAACAAUGAGGAGGCGAAGGAGGCGAGUUGCUCCUCAUUUGCUACAUCCGGUUCACCUUCUAUACUGCCGCCAACUCAUCGUCAACGGACCAUACCCUCGGCAUUCUUGCCAGGGGUGCCGAUUCCUUACGGACUGUAUGGAGUGCGCAGCAGUGAGAAGUUUGCGGCGUUAGGCAGGCUUCCAACGUUGACUGGCGCUGCGAGGAGGGGUGGUGAAGGUAAGGCUAUUUGGUACGAGCUUGUGUCAGUCGUCGUCCACAUCGGCGGCAGCGGAGGCGGCCACUACAUCGUUUAUCGGAAGCUGACGCUUCCGAGGGCGACUAGGCGGCGGGUGUGCACUAGACCGUGUUCACCAGAGACGAAAGGACAAACGGCAUCCGUGCGGCCAAGUUUGGCGGCCAGUCAAACUUGUCAAAAUUGGACUGAGAGUCAAAAUGCUGCUACAUUUUCUGGAUGUGCGAAUGCAGCUCUUGGGCCCGAUUCAUCCCUGGCGCAGGAGGAGACCACCUCCGCUCCCGCUGUCGACAAGCAGACUGUGUGCAGUUCAAGCUCCAACGGCGCUGCAGUUGGAUACCGCGCCAGGCAAACAGCUGCAGGCAAAGAAGCGGAGGAGGACCUUACCUCAAGGACGCAGGGAGAGAAGGACGUCAGCCAACGGUCGGGCGGAGGAGGAUGCAGCGAGCCGAACAGGCAGCAGCGCGAGCAAGUGCCAUCAACCAAAGUAAGAUUGCCAGCGGACACCGAAAGGGUAUGGUUUUGUGUGUCGGAUUCCCGAGUCAUGAGAGUUUCCGAGGCCRAGGUUCUUCGUGCCGAGGCAAGCCUGCUGUUCUAUCAGCGGAUGACCGAAUGUACAAAGCAACCCUGCAAAUAGAAUCCCUUCUCCUCCUCUCUUUCAUCRUGRGCCAAGGGAAGGUUCUUCAUAACCAAAGGGCUUCGUAUAUCUCCUCAAAAUAAGGCAAGUCCUCUGUUUUCAUCAAUUUGGUGAGCAGCUGUACAUGUAUUUUACUCGGUUACGGCAGCAUCUAAUGGAGCCUUUUACUCGGGUUACGGCAUCAUCUAAUGGAGCCUUUCAUCUUUUCCUUGUAAAUAAUUGUGAGUUGUGCUCAUCUGGAUUACGUACGUUGUUUCCCUUGUGAGCUCCGUGCGCCAUCACCUUUGUCCCGCGCGUGCCCAUCCGGAUUACCUUUUUUUGCUGUCUAUAUUUUCUUUUCUCCAUCUCUGAUUCUUUGUGUAAAUAGUACUGAAUACUUUUUCCUGAUUUGAUGUGGCUCUUGACUUUCUUAUAUCCCUUUUUUUUGGGGGGGGGGGUGCGGAAAUCAUUGUCAAGUUGCCGACCGGGGGUUCCUUCUCCUUCAUGUCAACUUCAUUUUUUUCUCUUUUCUUUUUUUCUUUUCUUUUUUUUUCUGUUUUUUUUUCUUUUUUUUUUUCCCCUGUCUUUUGUCUUACUGUAUUUAAAACCUCAUGUCGGGUUCAUUCUUGUCUGACAUGUCAGGAAUCAGGAUAUGGUGAAAGUUCCGUGAGACUUCAGUCUCUGAUCCACUUGCAUCGAGCUUCAGUACCCCCCCACUCAGAUUUGGGGGUUGAGCUUUUCUAUCUGACGUUCUUCUCCUUCUGCCUACAUACAUUGUAUCUGACAUAAAAGUCUUGAAGCGUGUUUUAACUUGUAAUCGUUGGGGGUCCGAUGGGGAUGUAUUGUGCGUCCCGAUCCACUGUAAGUAAUCGUUGGGGGUCCGUUGGGGAUGUAUUGUGCGUCCCGAUCCACCGUGAGGAUCCAAGCCACUCAUAACGUCUCAUGGCACACAGGGCCAGAAUAGCCAGCUGUGCGGAUGCGACUGCCGCUCGUGGCUAAUGGCUAUUUUUGGCUCUAGCAUGGCAGACCACUGCGCACGUGCACUGACAAUUGUGCAGUGAUUUUUGUAAAUACUAAAUACUAAAUACUAAAUAAUUAGAAUAGGACUAUUGGGAGAAGCUGUUUAAAAGUUAAAACUUAAGACUUUAAUUAGUGGGAAUUUCUUACUACAAGUUGUAAAUUUAAAGUGCUGCUAAUUCAUGUAUUGAAAGUUUACGAAUUCCUGUCAAGUUACGACUCUUACGCGUAUGUAAUAAAAUCAUAUUAAAAUG